UGGCUGCGAUGGGUCGUCUGGGCGACUAGGAGGAAAAAGAGAAGGGGUGUUGGGCCUGGCGGGCUAACCCGGAUUGGGGACAGCUGGCGGUUCCGCGGGGCGGUGUCCGGAGAGCUGCGGGGCCCGGGAGCCCGGGGUCCACGCCACACUCCCAGGAGGUGCCCGAACCAGCGGGCCGGCGAGGAGUAGCGGCCAGCGAGACCCGCAAGCCGGGACCAUGGGCUGCUUCUUCUCGAAGAGGCGGAAGGCUGAGAAGGAGUCGCAGCCCGAGGGCGAGGAGGAGCGGCCGAAGCAGUACAGCUGGGACCAGCGCGAGAAGGUUGAUCCAAAAGACUACAUGUUCAGCGGACUGAAGGAUGAAACAGUAGGUCGCUUGCCUGGCCAAGUGGCAGGACAACAGUUCCUCAUUCAAGACUGUGAGAACUGUAACAUCUAUAUUUUUGAUCACUCGGCUACAAUCACUAUCGAUGACUGUGCUAACUGCGUGAUUUUCCUGGGACCUGUGAAAGGCAGCGUGUUUUUCCGGAAUUGCAGAGAUUGCAAAUGCACGUUAGCCUGCCAGCAGUUCCGUGUGAGGGACUGUAGGAAGCUGGAAGUCUUUCUGUGCUGUGCCACUCAGCCCAUCAUUGAGUCUUCCACAAACAUCAGGUUUGGCUGUUUCCAGUGGUACUACCCUGAGCUAGCGUUCCAGUUCAAAGACGCAGGGCUAAGUAUCUUCAACAACACCUGGAGCAACAUUCAUGACUUCACGCCUGUGUCAGGAGAACUCAACUGGAGCCUUCUUCCAGAAGGUGCCGUGGUUCAAGACCAUGUUCCUCUCCCUGCCACCGAAGAGCUCAAAGCUGUCCGCAUUUCCACAGAAGCCAACAGAAGUAUCGUUCCAGUGUCUCGGGGUCAGAGGCCGAAGAGCAGUGAUGAAUCCUGCUUGGUGGUAUUAUUUGCUGGCGAUUAUACAAUCGCAAAUGCCAGAAAACUAAUUGAUGAGAUGGUUGGUAAAGGAUUCUUCCUAGUUCAAACCAAGGAAGUGUCAAUGAAAGCUGAAGAUGCUCAGAGAGUUUUUGGGGAGAAAGCACCUGACUUCCUUCCUCUGCUGAGUAAAGGUCCUGUUAUUGCCUUGGAGUUCAGCGGAGAUGGUGCUGUAGAAGGGUGUCACCUUAUUGUCAACGAGAUAUUCAACGGGACCAAGAUGUUUGUAUCCGAAAGCAAGGAGACAGCGUCUGGAGAUGUAGACAGCUUCUACAACUUUGCUGACAUACAAAUGGGAAUAUGAAGUGCAACAUGGAACCAAGGACUUGAUAUUAAGCCCUUUUUAAAUUGUGUGUUAGCGGUUUUUACUAAUGUUAAAACUGUCAAAGCGUAUUUUUAAAUAAACUGUUGAAUACUGCAUUAUUUACUUCAGGUUCGAAAACCGUUCGUUUUGGGGGCGCCUGGCUGGCUCAGUCGGUAGAGCGUGCGGGUCUUGAUCUCAGGGUCGUGAGUUCAAACCCCGCACUGGGUGUGGAGCCUACUAAAAAUAACAGAACAACAACAACAACAAGUUCAUUUUAAGUUAAGUAGUUUUCAUCAGCUUAAAAACUACUUGGCCCACUUCAGUAAGCUUGCAGUUUUGUUUCUCUGCUGAGGAUACUGUCAUUAGGACAUAGAAGUGGCUAGCAGUUCAUCAUUUUAAUCCUAAUUAGAUAUUCUUUCAAAUCCCUAAGAAUUUAAACUUUCCUCAGUGCUCCAUACUAUCGUUUGAGAAUACAUUCCAUUGCUUCUUUUCUUCUUUAAUUUAGAGAGAUUUGUUACUAGCUGAUCGAUUAGAAUGAACCUCUGCACAUUUGUUUUCACGUAUUCAUAUUCGGUUAAAUAAUUGCUUCCUAGUUGCAUAAUACGGCAAAUGAGAUUCUGUACGCGGAAUUGAGAUAAUGCUUUGUAAAUUGAAUUUUUUUUAACAAAUAGGUAUUUGAUGACCAGCUUUGCAAUUAACUCUACUAACUGAUGUCGGUAUAGCUGUUGAAAGACUACUUCGUGAGUAGUAUGAUUAUCUGAACAAAUUCCACGCCGUGUGGUUUUUUUACUACAACUGCUAGAUACACUCUUCUGCUUCUUGGCGAGAAAAGGUAUAUGCAGCAGUAAAAGCACAGGAGCCCCGUCACCGGCAGUUUUCAGAAAGGCGAAAUCACCUGCUUGUGUGGGUUAUCAGAAGGAUGAGAACGAAACCUUGUGACAUUUAGGUACGAAAUGCUUGGUCACGAUGAAAAGCUAUGCAGGUUAUUAAAAAACUAGAUCAAUUUGAUGGCCAGUAGAUACACCGCUCACCAAGUUCUGUUCACGUAUGACGAAAUUCCUUCGACUGCUUUAAAGCAUUAUUUUCCAAAUCAACCUGACCGUAAUAAUUUCCCAGGAGGUAGGGGAGAGCUACGGGUUUAAAAACCCACGGUCCUGGGCCCAGUCCUCAGAUACACCGAUUCAGUCUCUGGGGGAAACCUGGCAGUGAGGAGUUUGCCGUAAUCUGAAGUGAUCAGUUCACUUCAGAAGUGAAGUGAACUUCAGAAGUGAAGUGAAGUGAACUUCAGAAGUGAAGUGAAGUGAACUUCAGAAGUGAAGGGGCUGAGCCUGCCAUGCACACCACAUUUAUUUAGCAGCUAAUAGGAAAUUAGCUUUCAUAGCUCUAUUUUUAAAAGGAACCUUAAAUUUAAAUCUAUUUUGGUAAACCAAGACUGAACAUAGCCACUUAUUAAAAAUCCCUCUUAUGAUUGUUACUAAAAAUGUACUUUCGUGUGUUAACUGCUUUUGGAUACUUGCAGAUUAAUUUAUAACUACUACUUUGAACUGUGUGUGGAUGUUCAGAAAUAACGCAAAGACUUUUCACUUUAAUAAUAUUGAGGGGCGCCUGGGUGGCUCAGUCAGUUGAGCGACCGACUUCGGCUCGGGUCACGAUCUCCCGGUUUGUGAGUUCGAGCCCCGCGUCGGGCUCUGUGCUGACGGCUAGGAGUCUGGAGCCUGCUUCGGAUUCUGUGUCUCCCUCGCUCUCUGCCCCUCCCCCACUCGUGCUCUGUCUCUCUGUGUCUCAGAAAUAACUAAACAUUAACAAAUUUUUUUAAUUAAUAAUAUUGACCACCUCCCCUGUGUCUGGCCUCGUGGUAGCCAUAGCAUUGUGUCAUUUUGGUCUUUUGUAAGAGCAUUCUAUACUACCUACUCAACGUCUCCUUAAAUCAGAAUGAUUUCAUAAGAUGCAAAUAAGAAUUGGUGACAGGUUUAACAUCAUUUCGCUCAUAAUUCACAAAUAAGCUUUGCAAUUAGUGGUCAGAGGGCAUUAACUUUUCCCAUAGUUAGGCUAAAUUAAUCGUAUUCCUUCUGAUCAGUAAUUAAAUGGCGAUCGUUAUUCAACCCCAUUAUUCACACUUUAAAAUUAUUGCAGUGCUUUUUGUUUUUCAAAAAUAUAAUCCAGAAAGAUUCUUUUGUAGUCCAUAAGUGUGAUGAUUAGGUAUUCAUGCUGCUGUGUGACAUGUGCCUCCCUCCAGUCCUGCUAUGACCUCGGCACAUUACCCAUGUGAUGUGAAAAAAAAAUCACACAAUGUUACACAAAGCUGUAAGCUGAUUUCUUUAUUUUAUCUAUGGCAUUUUGGCAAAAAAAAAACCCUCAGGAAUAUAACAUGUAAGGGAGAUGUGAAUUUUAAAAUAUCCACUAAAUUUAGGAUCUAUUAACCAAAGCCUAAAAUUUUAUAUUCUUCAGUUGGAUGAGAGCUUUUACCUAAAUAAGCUUCAUUUGUCUUUAAGGACAGUCAUUUGACUUCUGAAUGUUUGAAAAGGUUUUUAAAAAUAAGUCGUGCUGUGGUUGUUCUUUCUAUAAUUCUAAACUCUGAUAGUAAUUAUCCUACAUUUAAUUUGUGAAUAGGUUUUGAAUUCAUGAACAUUUAUUAGCAAUGAAAAAUUAGUAAUUUUAUUAAGUUAUACAUGUUUAAAUGUUACAUUAGCUCAUUUCUCUUGUGUUAUCAGUACUGCUGUUUUGGCUUCUGUAUAUUUCUGCCUAGCUUUUGUAUGUAAUUUAUGCCUAGUGUUUAUAAAAUGUGAUUUGUAAUAAAUGUUGUUAAAAUGAAAA